ACGUGAUGCGUACCAGCAGUGUAUUACAUAAUCGUACCAAUGACGGGCGGCGCAAUUGUGUGCCACACUGCAGCCGUACAACUACUAAUAUUACUAUGUACUACCACCACUACUACCUACUAGUAGGAGAUAUCCAGUAUUGUUUCUUGAAGGCCUUGGUUCAUGUUGACCUACUCAGAUUCUACAUAUCCCCUCCAGACUUUCACGGGGCUAUUCAUUGAAUAGGCACCACUGGUUUUCCUCACUGCCUGAGUACCUAUACUUUCAUCACGGUUCGCCACUCGAAAGGUCUCCAAUCGUUCGGGCUCUCAAGCCCGGUGGCCUCUGAAGGCCUUUCAUUGCACCUGAGUUGCGCAAAUCAGCCCAAGAUUAGGACUCGAAUAGCCUUUAUUGUCACCCCUGGCAAGAUGUAUUGUUUGCGAAGCUAUCUACCUUUACUUCUCCUCCCGUUACCGCUGUCGUUGUCGCCGCUCCAUCUCGUCCUCCUAUUGGUCUUGACCUACAUCCUUAACCGGCCGUGUAUAUAUUGCUCGUUUCUGCUCGUCAUACUGUUUGCGAGUUCGUGUCAUUGGUCCAAUCGCUGCUUUGUCGACUUCCACCAGCAUGAAGAGACCGGCUCAAUCGCUUCAUGGUUCGUGCCCCGGUUAUACACCUCCCGAUCUUCGGAAAUGGCAGAACAGAUGAACAGAACGUUCGAAGUUGGCGGGUUUCUGGUGGAUGUAGUACGCAGCACAGUGCGUGGGAUUGCGCAUGCGGCCACGGAUUCAGUUUCAGGCUUCUUGAACGAAGCUUGUCAAAGUCUUCCUGAGCAUGUAACUGGGCCAUCUCCGCCUACCAGCGAGGUAGGCACCGGCGUCCAUUGGCUUCGGCAGCUCCUUGGUCGAAAUGAAUGGACAUUGCCGUGUGUCGGGGUCAAGGUGGUGUUAUGAUAUCUGCGCUUGGUCUGAUAACUGCAAAAGUGUGGCUCUGUAGACAGCUACUGGGGAACAACUCUGAGCUCGUUUGCUCCCUCCGAUGCUUAACGUUCACGUCAUUCAGUUCCCGAAGACGCAUGUGCAGAAGUAGUUGAUCAUUAUGUUACUAUCUAUUCUGUCUGGACCUAAAGGUCCGCGCUGACAAUAAAUUACAGCUCAACCGCGAGAACAGCUGGAAGCAGAAUAGAGCGUCUCAUGUGUCAUGCCCAGAUCGAUUGAUGUGAUGUAAAGCUUCGACCAAAAAUGC